CGUAAUUAUAGUUGGUAUAUAAGAGCCUUCAUGACUCCUGGAGUCUUUCUAUCAACUUUUCAACAAAAUUUAGUUUAGUUUUUAUUCUAAGAAUCCAUCUAAAAAAGUAAAUUAAAAUCAUAUUUUAAAAAAAAAAUUGUUCUGGUAAGUAAUUUUUUUUUUUUAAUUUAAAAAAUAAUAAAUUUGCAUGUCCUUAUUAUGUGUAAUAGAAACUACUUAAACAUAAUUAUUGCUAUUUAUAUAUGUAAUAUAAAUAAUAUGUAUCACUAAUAUAAUAAUAUCACUAUUAGAUCACUACAAUUGUGAAGUUAUUUCAACAUUGUUAUCAGGGUCAUGUAACUUUUUGCAUGAUUCUAAAAAAUGGAUAAUAGUGGAUACAUUUAGGUUUUAAUUUUGGAUAAUGUAUGGAAUUGUGGAUAGGGUAUAUAUUAUAUAUAAUAAAUAUAUAUAUAUAUAUAUAUAUAUAUAUAUUUAUUAUAUAUAUAUAUAUAUAAUAAAUAUAUAUAUAUAUAUAUAUAUAUGUUUAUAUAUAUUUAUCCACAUAACAAUAGUUUAUACAAGCUUAUUUAUAUAUCUAUAUAUCUAUAUAUCUAUAUCAAUAUAUAUAUAUAUAUAUAUCUAUAUCUAUCUAUCUAUCUAUAUAUAUAUAUAUAUGUGUGUGUGUGUGUGAUAUUAUGUAUGUAUAUAAAUUUAUUUGUGUGUAAGAGAGAGAGAGAGACAGAGAGAGAGGGAGAGAGAGAGUGAGGGGGAGAAACUUAGAAAAUAUGUCCCUGUGUGUGUUUACUUUUCAAGUAACUGCCUAUAUUUUCUAGCAUCAACUCAGCAAAACUUUGUUUUCCUUCUUUUUCAGACCUUUAAGCAGCAAUGGCCAGAUCCCAGAAGAAUUGUGUUGAUUUGAAAGAAAUUACAAAUGAAUGGAAGAAUUUGGAGACAGUGAAAGGUAAGAAAUUCUACAGACAGAAAUUAGGAUCUUUCAACUUUUGUAAGACUACGCUUACAGGAUGGGAACAGUCGAACAUCUGUAUUUGCAUUUAGUGUUAUAUUAACUAGAGACACACAUAUAGCUUCAAUUAUUCAAAUUUAAAAAAAAAUUAACCAUUGGUUUUGGGUUGGAGGGAGGAGAGGGAGACUGGAUAAUAAAUUAGUGUAAUAUAAAUGACAUAUAAAUGAAUGAGCUUUUACCAGUCAUAUAGUGUUAGAUUGACCAAUGGAGAACUCUUUAGGUAAAGCUCUACCAUAAAAGGCAUUUAUUUACAUGGUAAGGUAUUGUUUUUUUGAAAGAAGACAAUCCAUUUAACAGAUAAUAAUUUCGUUGUCUUAUGUUUACAGGUGAAGCUAAUUUUAGAAACCUGAAACUGUCAGUCACAAACGUCCAGUGGACCAAUGUCACAUGUCUGUCUGACCCGGGGAAGACACAGACAACAACGGUAUAAGCCUAGAAUGUGGAUAACUGAAAUGCCUAAAUUUUAGCAUUGAUGUUAAAUCUUGAUCCUGUAAAUUACCAAAAUUGUUUUAAGUUUGAUGCAAAUAAUCAAAUUAUUGAUUCGCUGAAUCAAGUUUUUAAAAUUAUGUCUAUUUUUUCCCUUCUCAAUUCUCCUUUAGGUUUCUGCUGAAUAUACCAGUGAGCAGAAAGAUCGACUUGCCAAUGUCAGUGCAAAAUAUCCCAACCAGAUCGGUACCCACGUGACCAUUCAAAAAGGUUAUGUCAAAGGUAAGCCAGGAGUGUUGUUAUACCUUACCCGCAUUGGGCCUCAAGAAUGUAACUUACUGUAUUUCAUGAAAUGUAUAGACUUGUGUCUCAAUUUUAACUGACACAAACUAAUUCCUAUCUGCUUUAAUUUGAAGAUCUGCACAAGACCUUCACCCUCCCGUUGGCUGGACUCCCGAAAGCCAUCACAGAUGUCCUGGGGUCAUCCGUUGAGAUUGACGUGGGCACUGCAGAGACCAAUGAGCAGAAGAUGGAACUGUUUGUCUCGAGUUCCCACAAGAUUGACCAAACGGAUGGGAAGGCACCCACAGCAGCAGAAGCUACCAUUACGUCAUCAACCGGAACUUACGUGGGUAAGUUUUAAAACAAAAUAAGAGCUUCAAAAUUAAAUUUGUCUUUUUAUAAUUUUAAAAUAAUCUACUUUGUUAAAUACCUGAAUAGAUAAAUAUUAUUUCAAAAAAAAAAUAUUUAUUGAAAAUAAUUGAAUAAAAAUAUUUUAAGUCUUAAAUUAAUGCGAAUGUAAAUCUAGCAUACCCAAAUUCUAUAAGAAAAAUAAUGAUGAACAGUUGCUAUUUUUAAAUGUAAGAAAUAUUAUUAUUAUAAUGAUAAAUCUUAUGCUCGUUUUGCCCUCUACAGGUCAGUUCUCUGGUAAGGCUGAGCUAAGAGGAGAAGUGAUUCUCAAUGACAACAAAAGCGUUGAGCAAUGCCACUUCUCAGAGAUGGUCAACUGCAUGAAGUCAAAGUCCAAAAAUGUUGAAACCCUGUCUGUAUCCGCCAAUGGCUUGACCGUCCACUGGACCAUUACGGGAGAGUGUUUGUUCCACCUGGGCACUAAGGCGGCUGUGCAGUGGAGCGAGAGACGAUGAGAACUGCUCACGCAUAACACGCGAUCUUCACAUUCCAAAUUAACUCAGAAAAAAUGAUUCAUGAUAGUGUGUGAACGCUUUGGAUAAUACAUCAUAAUGUUCUAAAUUCAAUUUUGUUCGUGAUAUCCUUAACUUGAAACAUUUGUUUAAACUUGAUGAUGAAACAUCAUGAUGUCCUUGACUGAAAACUUGUGCUUAAACUUGAUGAUACAUUCAGACAAAUAAUUUGCUCACUUGAAACAAAUCGUUUUCUACAGUAGUGGGAAGAAAACUUGAGCUGAAAUGAAGAUGAUUUAAUUGUAUUUUUUUUUUCUCAUAUUAAAUGUUUUGAAAUUUUAAAUUGUGCAAAAGUAAAACAACACAUGUUUUUUUACGAAUCCCAUAAUAAUAGAUUUUUGGAUAUCUCUAAUCAGAGAUAGACCUGGACAUAUAUGUAAUGAUUAGGAUGUUGCUAUAUUUUUAACAAAAAUAUAUCAUUAGAAAACUAUUUUUUAAAUUUCACCUUCAAAACUUGAUGACGUAUUUGUAAAAAAAUUAUAAAUGUUUUGAACAGUGAUGAUUUUAUUUACAAAAUAUUUUGAAAUUUAAAAAAAAAAAUGUAGCAUAUAAAAUUGUAUAUUUAAAAACAUAAAUUGAAGUCAUAGGGUAUGUGCUUAAUGCAAAAUUAUUUGUUUGUUUCGUAAUAUUAAUAUUUUUGGUGCUAUCAUUUUUUAAUAAUUCUGAAUGAACCGUAUUGUUGAAGGAAAUGUUAGUAAUCAUAGAUUAAAUGUUUGUAAUCAUACAUAAAAUAUUUGUAUUCAUAAAUAAAAUGUUUUUUAUCAUAAAUAAAAAUUUGAUCUCAUAAUCGAAAUGUUUUUAUGAAUAGCUCAAAUGUUUGUGCUCAGAAAUCAAAUGUUUGUAAUUCUAAAAUGAAAAAACCGAACAACUUUUUAAAACUUUUUUAUUUUUUAAGAAAUUCGUGGCUUUGUUUUUCAGUUAGCUGAAGUCUUAGCUACAGUCUUAGCUAUAGCAAAUGUUGUACAGUGAGGAUCUUUAAAAUUGUUCACUAUUGAUUGCAACGAUUUUAUAUCUUUGUCAAAUAUUAAUAUACCGUUGUAUCUAGAGAUGUGUAUAUAUUUAUUAUUUUUGAGGGGAAAAAAUGACACAUUUACAAAAGUUUGUUACAAAAUUUUGCUUUAAUGUUUGUCUUGAGUUUAACGAAUUAAACCUGGAUGAAGUUAUAGUUUUGUAUUUUUUAUGUUUGAAUGUAGGAUGACUUUUGAUGUAGUGGAAUGUUACCUACCUCUAUGUUUGGUUCGUUUAGAAAACUUCGCAAACUAACAAACUAUGUUAUAAUAAUAAUUAUUCGCAUUUAAAAAAAUAUAUGUUCUUAGCGAGAUUAGGUCACUUCAAAAUUUAGCCUUUUUUUUUAUUCACAACUCAUGUGAAUUGAUGUGAAUUGAAAUUGUAUGCAUUUGUAAUUGUAUAUAAAAUGAAAUUUCGAUGUAUUGUUAUCCUUAAAAAAUCU